AUGGCGUACUCUUCCCUGUCCAAAAUGGACACCGGCCAGAAGGGAGCUGCUCUGUCCAAUGUAGUUGCUGGAAACAACUAUCCGGUUCAGGAUUAUCUUUAUGAGCCAGCAUUUGAACCAGACUUCCCAGAGUAUGAUUCAAGGGAUGACCCAUUCGCUCCAACACGAGCUAGUCCAAAAGUCAAUCUGAAGACUGUUCUAGGUGGGCUGGUUUCGAUUGUUACGGGUGUAAACAAGAGCGAGGAUGAUGCAACACAGCAGGAAAGUUUCAGCACAGACAUAUCAUUCCUGGGAUCUGACAAGAAUGGUGAUGUUAAUGUGCACCCUUCUGUCUGUGUUCCAAGUGCCCCACCACUACUUGAAGCGAAUGCUUUACAAUAUAGUGCAUACAGGGAGGUGUUGCUAGCAGAUCCGCCAGAGUGGUUGCCAGAUAGCUCUGCUAAUGUGUGCCUGCAGUGCAACUUGCCUUUCACGGCUCUGACUCGUGGAAGGCACCAUUGUCGGUUCUGUGGAGGUAUAUUCUGCAAAAACUGUUCCAAGGGAAGAUGUUUGAUGCCCAUGAAAUUCAGGAUUCGUGAUCCCCAGAGAGUUUGUGAUGCUUGCUAUGAGAGGCUCGAUCCACUUCAGGGCUUAUUGAUCAACUACAAUAGUAACUGCAUGCAGCAAGCAAAACACGAUGUCAUGGAUUGGACAAGCACUAGAAGCUGGUUGAACAUGCCUGUAGGUGUAUCAAUGGAGUACGAGAUAUACAAGGCUACAAACACAAUGAAGAAAUAUUGUCAGGUUGCUAGAUUAAACCCUGAGAAGUCCAUCCCAUCAUCUAUUCUCAAGGGAGCGAAGGGACUUGCAGUUCUAACAGUUGCUAAGGCAGGUGCAGUUCUUACAUACAAAGUUGGCACUGGUCUUGUGGUUGCUCGCAGAUCAGAUGGAUCAUGGUCUGCUCCCUCUGCAAUUUUAUCUGUUGGCCUGGGAUGGGGAGUGCAGAUUGGAGGAGAACUGACAGACUUUAUCAUUGUGCUUCAUGACCGUAAAGCUGUCAAGGCUUUCAGCAGUCGCAUUCAUCUUUCACUUGGGGCAGGACUGAGUGCUGCAGCAGGACCCAUUGGCAGAGCAUUUGAGGCAGACGUUCGGGCCAGUGAAAAAGGUUCUGGGAUAUGCUACACUUACAGCUGCAGCAAAGGUGCCUUCGUUGGGGUUUCACUGGAAGGGAAUGUGGUGACAACACGAAUGGAGACCAAUCUACGCUUCUAUGGCGAUGCAUACCUGACGGCAACCGAUAUCCUGUUCGGGAGGGUGGAGCGGCCCCGAGCUGCCCAGCCCUUUUACUCAGCUCUAGAUGAUCUGUGCUCCAAAAUGGUUUGCUAG